CUUUUCUUUUUAUUUUCUGUCUUUUAUCAGUAGCCUUCUCCUAAAUCCUAAUCACCAGCUAGAAAAAGGAGGAAAGAAAAUAUACAAGAAUCUCUCUGUAUAUGGCAAUGAAAUAAAUGGGAUAUCUUAUUCUAGACAACAAGCACUUUUUAUUAAUGUUAAGGGAGCCACCAAAAUCGCCCAAUGAGCAAACAAGCGCUGGUUUUUGGUGCUCAAUAGCUUGUCUAUCUCUCUUACCUUCUGACAACGCCCUGCUGUUCUUUUUCAACUUUACAUGAGAGAUCCUUUAAGCUAAGCUAAAUUCCAAACUUAAUCACCUCCUCCAUUCUCAUCACCCACCACUCUUUUCUGUUUCUAUCAGUUACUACCUGCUGAUAUUAUAAUUCUCUUCUCUUCUCUUAUCUUCAACUUUUCCAGUACUAACUUUCUGCCAUGGUUAUCACAACCUUCCUCCAUUUUAGCAAAAGCCCACUGUAGUUUCGCAGACAAGACAAAAACCGCUUCUUUUUUCCCACCAAGAAAAGGACUUCAUAGAAAGAUGGGGUGUGGUCUGUCAAAGCAAGAUGAUGAAGACGAUGUUGUGUCCUUGUGUAGAGAAAGGAAACGGCUACUUAAGUUGGCCGUGGAGAGAAGGUAUGCAUUUGCAGAUGCCCAGUUUAAGUAUAAUCAGUCUAUCUAUGCAGUAGCAAUGGCUUUGAGGUUGUUUGUGGCUAGACAUUCUUCUCCAUCUUCACCUUUUCUUAUCACUUUUCCUUCUACUACUUCUGCUAAUGUUGACACCAAGGAGACCUUUCUCACCAACUCAAUGUUUCUUCAACAGAGUCCAACUGAACCCACCAAUGAAACCAUUGCAUGUCAGCCUUCUGAUUCUAAAGUUUCUUUAGCCUCUUCUAAGUUAGAGACGAAAGUACAAGAAAACCAAGAAGCUAAUAAUGAUAAUGGUGAUCAUGAGGAGCAGGAAUCCGGGGAAGAAGAAGAUGAAAGUGAAAGUGAAGAAGGGGAAGGGCUUUGUGAGCACUUUUAUGGCGAGGAUGUUCCGCCUUUGCCAUCACCACAGAGGGAAAUUGGGUGGGAUUUUUUUUACCCAUUUGAUGAGAUGAGAUCAGAUGUUUUUAAUGGGUUUAGUCAAAGCUCAGAAGAGGAUUUGAGGGCUGUGAGAGAGAAAGAAGGGAUUCCAGAGCUGGAAGAGGAUGGAGAGAAAGUAGUGAAUGAGAACGAAACUGCAAAUGUGAAUUGUGAUGUGGGUCAUAAAGAGAAUGGAAUUAUAGAUAUGAGAAAUGAAGAUAAUGCAAAUGUCGUAGGCCAAGGGGAGAGUAAGGGAUUGAGAGUGAUUGAUGAACCCACAAAUGGGAGGGAAUUGCUAAAAGCAUUGAAAGAUAUUGAGGACCAUUUUUUCAGGGUUUAUGAUUCUGGUUUGGAUAUUUCAAGGAUGCUAGAGGCCAACAGAGUACAUUUGCAAUCUGGUUUAGAGGAAAUCAAAGAGAGCUCGAAUAAGCUCAUCAGAUCAAUUACAUGGAGCCGAUCAACUUUAUCUCGGUCUUCCUCCUGUAGAAGUCUCCUUACAUCUAGUUCUACAAGUUCUUCAAUGUGGACAGAAUUCAAGACUGAUCUAUUUGAUGACCAUGGAUUGGAAGCUGGGAGCCAUUCAUUGACUCUAGGGAGGUUAUAUGCUUGGGAGAAGAAGCUCUACCUGGAGGUGAAGGCUGGAGAUCAGACUAGGAAAAUUUAUGAGCGAAAAUGCUCUAUUUUAAGGCACCCUGAUGCUACAGUAGAUGACUUCCCAUCACGGGAUAAAUCUACAACCGAAGUAACAGAAUUACAUUCCAGGAUCUCGGUUGCAAUAAGAAGCGUGGAGUCUAUCUCCAACAGAAUACAGAAAUUGAGAGAUGAAGAGUUGCAGCCACAACUUCUUGAGCUGCUACAUGGCCUAAUGAGAAAUUGGAAGAUAAUGUUGGAAUCACACGAAACUCAAAACCGAGUCAUGCUUGAAGUGAAAUUCUUCAAUUGCCCAGCUUAUGGAAAGUUCUGUAAUGACUCUCACCUACUUGCCACUCUUCAGCUUGAGGCAGAACUUGAUAAUUGGCGUGCCUGCUUUGCUGCAUAUGUGUCUACGCAGAAGGCCUACAUUGAAGCUCUUGGUGGUUGGUUGUCCAAGUUCAUUGCUCCUGAAGUUGAAUUUUAUUCUAGGGGAAAGUCUUCACUCCCACCAUGUAGAAUUAAUGGGCCACCAUUGCUGGUAACCUGUCAUAAUUGGUUAGCUUGGCUGGAAAAACUGCCCGAUAAGGCUGUGACAUAUGCCAUGAAAAGCUUUGCCAAGGAUAUCCAUGCCCUGUGGAAUCAACAAGGAAAAGAGCAACAGCAAAAGAGAAAGGUUGAUGGCCUAGCGAAAGAACUUGACAGGAGGGCUCUGGCAUUCCAAAGAGCAGAGAGGAGGAUCCUUGGAUCUAAGAUUUCAGAGCAAGAAUCAGAAGUCAUCGUCCGUAAUCGCAUUGAAUACUUGGCAGAAGGGAAAAAACUAUUGGAUAUGUUCAGGAAAAGGCUAGACGAAGAGAAGGAAAAGCACCUCAUUAACAUGCAGGAGACCCAGCAAAUCACGGUAAGUGGAUUUCAGACUGGGUUUUCUUCAGUUUUUGAGUCAUUGGCUGAGUUUUCUAAAGCAUCUGUGAAAAUGUAUGCUGAUCUUGUAACAUACAGUGCAAAUGCAAAGACAACAGAGAAAAAUGAUAGCAACCUAUCCCAUGUGGAUGGGUUGUGCUCUAAGGUACCUGCCUGAAAGGAACAGGUGAAAAUGUAGGUAAGGGUUUGGGAAUUUCCAAUCCCUGGUUUCUCAAAGACAAAUAGUGUGUAUAGAGAUUCUGUCAAGCAUUUAUAGCAGGCCCUUGUUUACAUA